AGUCUUGCUGUCCAUCAGCCAGCCAUGCUUCAACCACUGCACUGUCUGCUUCUAACUUCUGCUGUGCUGCUCUGCAACACUGCACCCACGGAGAAACAUGGAGGCUUCGACACCAAGUGUCCUUUGAUGGUGAAAAUCCUGGAUGCAGUGAAAGGGACUCCAGCUGGAUCAGUAGCACUUAAAGUGUCUCAGAAAGGUACUGAUGGAGGAUGGACUCAGAUUGCAAAUGGAGUGACAGAUGCUUCUGGAGAGGUCCAUGAUCUAAUCACAGAGCAGCAGUUCCUGGCAGGGGUGUAUCGUGUUGAGUUUGAUACCAAAGCUUACUGGAAGAAUGCGUCGAGCACACCUUUUCAUGAAGUAGCUGAUGUGGUGUUUGAGGCCCAUGCUGGAGGUCAUCGUCACUACACCCUGGCCUUGCUGCUUAGUCCGUACUCCUACACCACCACAGCUGUAGUCUCCGACGUAAAACAUUGAUACACACACAUAAUAUGUGUGUCUGUGUGUCUGUGUGUGUGUGUGUGUCUGUGUGUAAUGUCAUGUGACAUGUGAAAUAUAAAAAAUAAAUGAGACAGGUCAGGCAGGUUUUCCAGA